AUGCCAAUGCUCGACCCCGCAACCGGCACGCCCCUCCCCGACUCCGCCAUCCAACGCGUCCUGCACCUCACCCCCGCCGUCCACAUCUACCAAAUCCCACCCCUCACCUCCUCCACCGCAGGCUUCUCCGCCGGAUCCUGGACCGCACCGCCCCGUCCCACCGCCCAGAAAAUCUUCACCGCUCGUCUCCGUGUCCUCGAAACCGCUCAUGCCGAUCGUAUAAAAGCCGACAUUGUCUUCGAGGAUGCAUCCUCGGGAGCAUUGUUCGCUGCGGCGCCUUACACGACACCCGCGGUGGUGCAGCAAGCGAAUGAUAGUUCGAGGUUCUUUGCUGUGAGGGUGCAAGGCGAGGGAGGUAUGAAAGCUACGUUGGGGAUUGGGUUUGAGGAUCGGAGCGAGGCGUUUGAUUUUGGGGUCGCGUUGGGGGAGGUGAGGAAGGUUUUAGGGAUGGAGGGGGUGGGAGGGAAGGGGAGAGGGAAGGUUGUGGAGAAAGAGGUGAAGCAGGAUUUUAGUUUGAAAGAGGGGGAGAAGAUCCAUAUUCAGGUGGGUGGGAAGGGGAGGAGACAGCAGCCGUUGAGUAGUGAGAGUGGAGAGGGGAAGAAGGACGAUGGGACGGCGCUGUUCUCGAUUGCACCUCCGCCGGCGGGAGCAAAGUCGCAUGACGGGGGAGUCGAGGCUGAAGCAGAUUCAAUACAAGGGAAGACGGCGGAAGAGCUGGGAUUUGAUGAUGGAGAAUUUGGAGAGUUUCAAUGA